AUGUCUGUCAUCCAGACGAAUGUCGAGGCCGCCUCGGAGAAGUACAGCUCCGGCUUCACCAAGGGCCACCUGGCCCUGCCACCGGCCAGAAAGUACCUAGUCCUGACCUGCAUGGACGCGCGCAUCGAUCCCGCGUCCGCGUUCGGGAUCGAGCUGGGCGACGCGCACGUCAUCCGCAACGCCGGCGCGUCCGCCGUCGACGCCCUCCGCAGCAUCAUCAUCUCGGAACAGCUCCUCGGCACGGAGGAGAUUGUACUCGUCAAGCAUACCGGGUGCGGGAUGCUAACCUUCAAUAACGAGGACGCUUAUGGCCUUGUGGGGAAGAAUCUCGGCCCCGACGCGGAGGCUGAACUCAAGUCUCAGAACUUGGAUUUCUUGCCGUUCCCGGAUCUCGAGGAGGCGGUCAGGAAGGACGUUGACUUCCUCAAGUCGACCAAGCUAGUGCCGGAGAGCGUCACCCUUAGCGGUUGGGUCUACGAGGUGGAGACUGGGAAGACUAGAAGGGUUGUCUGAUCUGUGAGGAGUUGCGCAUCUGGUGUGGAGUUCUGGUGGUGAGUCGGGGUGUAGGCGGUUGGCGUGUAGGUAGGUGGCGCGUGGGCGAGUUGACGUGGGGGAUUCCCGUAUUUCGAACUUGGCAAUUGAUACCUUGUCGUUGAUCGUCUUAAGAAUGCCGUGGAACAUCGAUAAUGGUGCGAGAGCGGUCAUUCUUGUGUACUGGAAGAGAGACCGAUAUCCUCAGUUGGAUUUGCAUAUGUCACCAAAAGACAGCAUCUACAAGCAAAGCAAUACACGCCAGUGACGGAGGUGAAGGGCAUCGCUUUUCAAGCAUCGGCAAAUCUGAUAUCUAAUAACCAGCCUCAGAGUAUCUCAACUUUACUUUCUACUGUAUCUCAGGUGUGGC